GCUGCACGGUCGCGUUGUGCUCAACUUCAUUGCUGCAUAUCAAUUCAUGUAUGAGCAGCACUGAGCACAAGACACCUUUUUGUUUGUUGGAAGAGACAACGGCAGUGUCGGAACCUAUGAAUGACUUGCGUUGAAAGGAAACCGCCCACGCUGGCACUCAUCCUUGCGCUGGUGGCGGCUUCUGCCUUAGCUAUACCAGAUCUCGCCUUUCCUAUCAACUCCCAGGUCCCUCCAGUCGCUUAUGUCUCACAGCCAUACAAUUUCGAGUUCGCCGCCGCUACUUUUGUGUCGAGUGACCCUCAGAUUUCCUAUAGCAUCGCGGACGGACCCGGAUGGCUUCAAGUUGACAGCUUGAAUCGGCUCCUGACCGGGACUCCCCUCCAGGAGGACGUUGGAGCCAACACUUUCCAACUCACUGCUUUAGACGCCACUGGAACAGCAUCGACGACUGUCACCCUGAUAGUGCUUGAAUCGACAAAGUUAAGAUUGAAUGCUCCAGUCCUCCCACAAAUGCGACAAGCUGGGCCAUGCUCCUCACCCGAUUCCUUGCUACUACAUCCUCUUCAGCCUUUCGAGCUAGCCUUCAGUGAGAAGACUUUUAGCGGGAUCGAUCACAGCACCAAAUACGAGGCAGUCUCGGAUGACCGUUCACCUCUGCCAUCAUGGAUACAUUUCGACCCUUCCGGACUCCUGUUCAAGGGCACCAGUCUACCUUUAGUUUCACCAACACUGGUUCCACAGACGUAUGGGUUCCUCUUCAUCGCGUCGAAUGUUCCCGGCUUUGAGGAAGUUGCCGUUCACUUCCAUAUCGUGGUAGGCUACAAUGUUCUGGCGUUCUCAGAUGUCUCUCAAGAUGUCAAUAUCUCAAGUGGCGUCCCUUUCAAGACGCCGCCUCUCCGCUCCUCUCUCAUGAUCAAUGGAGAGACUAUCGCAGAUGGGCAAAUUUCAAGCGUAACUACUGACGGACCAUCCUGGCUUCGGAUAAACAAAAGCCAAAUCUCACUGAGUGGCACGCCGCCCGCAGCUAUCGCUCUCAACGUUACAAUUAGAGUCUUGGACAUCUAUGAUGACGUUGCGAACACAACGAUAUCGUUGCACGCUGAGCCCCUUCUUGCUACAUCCCUAGGCAAGAUUGCGACGAUCGAUAUCACUCCUGGAGAGGACUUCUCGUAUACUGUAAAUGACACCGCAUUUACUGGAUACGGACGGAUCCAUGCAGACUUGAGCAACGCUCCCAUUUGGCUUCGGUUUGAUGAAAAAAGUCGAACUCUGUCUGGGCGACCACCAUUGAAUCUGCCUCGCGAGACAAUUACUACACCCAUAAAUUUCGAAAAUGCGACGGCCAACGUCACAGGCUUUGUGGACAUACAGAGGGCAACCAUAACCACAAUCACCUCAACAGAGACUUUGCAGACGACAGCCAUGCCGCACGCAAGUAAGACCAGCAUUCCUUACAACACAUCAGUUGCUAAUAAGCACAACACCAAACGGCCUGUGACGGCCAUCAUCCUUGCAAUAGUGUUUGCCGCAUUCGGAGUUUUGCUGGUCAUAUGCCUUAUACUAUUGUUGAUGAGACGCAGACAGCGUAGGAAGAAGGCUGCCUAUGACCAAGCGCACAUGCCAGGGGACAGCCCGGAAAGCAGCAUGCAUACACCAAACCCCAUCCUACCGACGCCGCUUAGUCCAUUGACCGGCCCGCCUGUGACUUCUUCACGAGAGCCACCUGUCAGACCGCCGAGGGUCGAUUUAACAUGGACAAAUGACUCGUCACAAAUGGGUAUGCUAUCAGGUAUUGCCCAAGCGCAGCAAACCAAGUACUCGAGAGCAUCGCAGGCUGGCGGACUCUCGAAUGAAGAGCGCGACUUGUCUAAGAGAGGGCUUGCUGAAGGCAGCUCUGUCGUUGAUGGCUUCACGAUGGGGGCAGCAAGGUCAUUAAGGCAGGCGUCUCGCAAGUCAGUUGUGAAAGACUUUGCUGCAAACCGCAAGCUGGAGAAUCGAGAUUCUUUCACAACCAAGCGACAACCAGACAGGCAAUCUGUUGUUGGCCUUCCGAAUCGAAGAAGUGGCGCUGGACAUGGAGCUGGCAUAUUGGUUCGUUCACAUGCCGAUUCUGACCACAGACUGUCGCGCGAUACCUGGGCAUCGAAUCCCCCGGGGGAAAGCAGGAGGACGACAGCGGUGCUUGACUCGUUCCCAAAUCCUCCAGAUGAUAAGUCGAGGCCAGUCAGCGUUGAGUUAUUAGCCAGAUCUAAAAGCCCUUCACAACUUGUCGUCUCCAAGGAUAACAAUCCAGUGUUGUCUUUUGAGGCACGACGGCAGCAAUGGCACACUGAGCGUGCCCGAGCUCGAUUGGAAGGAACAGCACGGUUCUCAAACGCCGGUGCUUCUCACAUGCUAGGUUUACCACAAGAGCGCACUGGGAGAGCGAUAACAGACCGCCAUUCAAAGCCAUUCACGUUGUUGAGACGCAAUGAGGACGUCGGUAAGCCUACGUCGAGGGAGCCGUCAUGGUCGAAAUGGUCCGGGCUUGGGCCAGCGGCUCAUGACUCUCUGAGAGCUGCCAGUCCUUUGGACUCCCUCAUUGCGAAUCUACCAAGCCCCAGAGCCGACACGAGCAUUGCGAGUAGUGGGCAGUUCGAGUCUGCGACGUCCUCUGAAAGUCAUUGGGCAGACGAGGAUCUCGUGGUUGAGAAAACAGGUGAAGGGUUGAGCAGUUGGCAGACAAACAGGCAUUUACCAGCCCCUGCGCGAGCACCAUUCGAAGAAAUCUCGAAUUCAAGGCGCAGUACUACCAGUGACAAGGUAAUUACUCAUCCUGAACAGGGAGGAGUGUCUGAUUCAAGGAGGAAGCAUAUCAGUGUGGCAGACGGAGGGCUUGUAAGGGCGCAGGGAAGCCAUCAUGGAAGCUUCCGGUUCAUCUGAAUGGUAGUGCCCCGGAAUGAAGUAACAGAGACCUUUGUUUGAUCUUUCACUCCAGAUAGGUGCCUGAGAACAAGACGUAUACCUGGUAUCAUUGAGA